AUAAAAUUAACUAUAUAUAAUGAGCCAAAUUUGAAUUUUCGCAUUAUAUUUUAUUGCAAUUUAAAUUAGUUAAGUAAACUCAAUAUUCAUCCAAUAAACAAAAUAAAUUAUUCAUUAUGACCUACCCAGAUUCUCUAUCUGCUAAAGAUGAAGAAUCGUUUGCAUAUGUUACUAUAAAAUAUCGAUUACCCACUAUUUUGGGUAAGGUUAUAGAUUUUUUUAACCGAUGUAGCAAAGAUUUUAGGGCCAGUUAUGGAAUUGAAGUUGAAAAGGAUAUUGAGGAAAUAAAUGGUGCACUUUUAAAAUUAAACUAUCAAUUGCGAAAUAAUAAGGCCAUUGAAAAAUUUAGAAGCGAUAAAAAUGACAUCGACUUUUGGAAUGUGGAAUUUGAAAGAAUAUUGAAUAGUAACUCAAAGAUUAAUUGGCAUGAAAGUCCUUGGUUAUUUGUCGAAUCUUAUAUGUACAGGAAUAUCAAUGAAAUAUUUUAUAAAAGUAAAUAUCUACAAGACUUUGAUCCAUUUUUUGAAUCAAAACAUAAAUCCUUCAAAAAUUCAAUUAAUAAUAUAUACAUAAUAUGUGAAUAUAUAUACAUGUUAGAGAAAAUAGGAUGGGAAAACAUAGAGUUGCAAGAAAUAUUUAAUAAAAUUUUGAAAAUUUCAUUAUGGGGUAAUAAAUUCGAUUUAUCUUUAUCAAAUAUGAAUGUCCUACAAGUUAGUGAAAAUCUUUUAGACAAAUUGCAAACAUAUGAUCAACAUAUAAUAUGUGAUGAUUCUCAACAAAUAUUUGAAUAUCUUAUCAAAAAAAAGAAUGAAACAAAUGAUAAUAUUUUAAAUGAGAAUGGUAACCAAGUUAUUAACCAUUCUAAUAAUAGAAUAAUCAAUUUAAUCAUUGAUAACUCAGGAUUUGAAUUAUUUACUGACCUUGUCUUAGUUUAUUUUUUAUUAAAGACAAAUCUUGCAGACAAAAUACUAAUAAGAGGCAAGAAUAUGCCUUGGUUUGUGUCUGACGCAACUGCAAAAGAUCUGAAAAGUCUUUUGACAUGGUUAUUGUAUCCAGAUAAUAAUAAAGAAGGUAAUUGUAUAUGUAAUGGUUUAUAUGUAAGUGAAAUUUUGAAUCAAUUGCCAAAAACAAAUAAGACCCAAGAAUUAGAUAAUAAUAUGAAUUAUUAUGGAGUAUGGUUUGCUCAAGAAAUUCUAAAAUUAAUGGGAAACUUUCUGGCAAUACCUGAAAAAGAAACAGUUAAAAACUCAAAACCUAGCCUAAUAUACAUUGAUAAUAUGUAUUGGACAUUGCCUAAUGAUUAUGAUGCAAUGAUGGAACUUGAUCCAAAAUUAUAUGAAGAACUUUCCGAAUCUCUUUUGAUAAUUUUUAAAGGCGAUUUAAAUUUCAGGAAACUGGUUGGAGAUUUGAAAUGGGACCCUCAAACUCCAUUUAAACACUCCCUAAGACGUUUUACCCCAGCUCCUUUAGUUACUCUAAGAACUGUUAAAAGUGAUACGAUUGUUGGUUUAUCACCUGAAACUAUAAAAAUAUCUAAUUUAACUUACCCUAAAAAUUGGAAGUUUACAGGUAAUUAUGCUAUCAUAUAUUUUAACCAAUAAUCACUGAACAAAUUGAUGUUAUUUAAUAAUUUUUUUACAAAUUUUCCCUAUUAAAAUAUUUUCUCUUCUUGUUAUGAUUCUCUGUCUAUUUUUUAAAUUUAUUAUUCAUGUGAAAAUUUAUUAUUAUUUCAAAUAUAAAAAUAUAAAGUAA